CCAACCACGAUGUCCCGGGCCCCCUCUCGUACGGCAACCCGUCCAAAGACACCUGCUGCACCGCCGACCACUCGCUCUACGCGCGCCACAGCGGCAAAAACCGCAUCCGCCCCCGCUGAACCUCCACCAAAGAAAACCACAACAAGAAAGCCACUCGUCAGCAAGGACAAUGCAACAGAGACAAGUGCAAACGCGCCUGCCGCAGCUAAGAAGCCCAAGGCUGUAAAGAAGCCUGCGAAGAUGGUCGAGGAGGAGCAAACGGAGAACAUCAUGGCAUAUCUACGACUCAGGCCACCUCUUGGAGACGAUGAACCCACAAAUACCCCAUAUCUCCUGCCACUCUCCGAGUCCUCUGUUCGGAUGACUGACCCAAACGACCCUCACGAGAAUGCAGCACGCUUCAGGAUGUCGGCUGCCACACCUUCCUCGAUCUACAAAUUCUCGAAAGUGUUCCUGCCCGCAACGGCACAGUCCGACUUCUUCACUAAAACAACUCUGCCUCUUGUCCGCGAUGUCCUGCAAGGACAGAAUGGCUUACUGUUUGCUUAUGGUGUUACCAACUCCGGCAAAACAUAUACUGUCCAGGGUGGGAAGAACGAGGGUAGCGCUGGGAUCCUUCCGCGAUCUCUGGAUGUGAUUUUCAACAGUAUCGAAGGGCUUCAUGGCUCAGGAAAGUACCGCCCUGUUCGUCUUCAAGGAGUCGAAUUAGCCGACAAAAGCGACUCGGCGCCUCCGCCGGUUGCGCCGGCUCCAGGUGUCGCUGAGGUUCUGGGCCAGCAUAUGGAUGCGGCUGCUUCUGAUGCCGACAUCGAUCCAACCGUUUUGACUCUCGACCGUAACUACGAAUACACGAUCUGGAUUUCUUACGCGGAGGUCUACAACGAGAAGGUUUACGACCUACUGGACAAUGUGCAGGAGAAUCCUGCUGGCGGCAUCCCGCGGUCCAAUAGUGGCAAAUCGCUGCUCCUGACACGCAAGGCGCUCCCGUUGAAGCCCUCUCCUCUGUCAGACUCGCCUGACUCCGGCGUCACUGGGAAAUAUAUUUCUGGCCUACGCCAGUUCCGCGUCCACAGUGCUGCGCAGGCAAAGGGACUCAUCAAACUCGGUCAACUACACCGUCGGGUCUUUGGGACUUUGGCUAACCGCGAAAGCAGUCGCAGUCACGGAAUGGUCAUCAUCAAAGUUGUCCGUGGGCAUCGUGGCGAGCGUGACGAUCCCACUUCUCUACAAAUUGCGCGUUUGACUUUGGUUGACUUGGCCGGUUCAGAGCGGACCAAGCAUACCCAGACGACGGGCGACAGACUUCGGGAGGCGGGUAAUAUCAACAAGUCACUCAUGGUGCUCGGGCAAUGCAUGGAGGUUCUUCGCAGCAACCAGCGCAAACUCGCAAUAAGCCUUGGGCAAGAUGCCUUCGAUGGUCGUAUGGACACGCGGGACGUCAAGCGCGGCCUCGCGCUCGUUCCCUUCCGACAUAGCAAACUAACGGAAAUACUGAUGGAUUACUUUGUCGGCGAUUCCCGCGCGGUGAUGAUCGUGAAUGUGAACCCUUACGACACGGGAUACGACGAAAAUUCGCAUGUGAUGAAGUUUUCUGCGCUUGCCAGGGAGGUCUAUGUUACCCCAGCCCCGGUUCCUGCACAAAGAGUGCCAGGGAAGAGUAAGCAGGCUGAAGCAGCUGCGCCGAAACCAUAUCGCCGCAAAGUUACCAUCUCAACUGGAGGUCCAGGAGAGAGGGCUCAUGAAGCGGUCUUGGAGGUACUGGAAGAGGAUGAGGCUGAUGGGGCUGGGAGUGACGAGGACGACGAGCCGAUCAAUCCGCUUGUAGACGCCUUAUUCGAUGAGGUUGAGCAGUUGCGGAUGCAGUUGUACGAAUCUGAAAUGCGAUGUGCCAUAAUCGAGGCCGAGGUCCGCGAAGAGGUCAUGAAGGAAAUGGAGGAACGAAUGGCGAAGAUGGAGAAAAUGUACACUCUGCGGAUCCAGAACGAGGUCACCCGUAGUGAAGAGAAGACAGAUGCCAAAAUCGACAUGUUGCACCAAUCUGGUUUAUUUGCUAGUCCCGUCAAGCGCCCGCAGCAGCCCCCGCCGCGACGGUACGAGGAGAGCGACGAGGAAGAAGACGUCGAGACCAGUUUGAUGGAAUAUGGCACGGCAGAUGAGACAUCUGACGAUGAUGAGUCAGAACGUGCCCGUUCAGAGUCUCCGCUGGCUGGGAAGAGACCUGCUGUUAUUCGCGAAGUUCGCAAGUUUAUUCCGGACCCGCCGAUGCUCCCGUCUGAUGCCGAAGACGCGGCGUUUACGGAAUCGGAGAAUGAAUCGGAGGAGGCAGAAGAAGAAUCAGAUGCGGACUCGGAGAGCGUUGCUGAUAGCGGUGUCUCGGGAAGCGAGGUUGAAGACGAGGAUUAUCAAGAACACGUGACGGACGAUGAUGACGAGGAGGAUGAAGACGAGCUGAUGCUUUCUCCGACCAAGACCCCCCGUGCUAAGCCCCGGCCCAUCCCGAUGAGGGUUGCUAGCCCUACACCGGCACCGGCGCCAAGAGUCUCCAAACUGACCCGUGAAUUGCGGGGCAUGAAGCUCGCAGAGUCAGAAGCUGAGGAGUCUGAUGCGGCAGAGUCCACUACAGGGAAGAGAAAGAAACGGCAACUCGGAAAGAAGAAAAUCGUUACCGAGGAAGAAGUGGAGCGGGCUAUCGCCAAAGCUGACCAGGGACGGCCAGUCAGGCGGAUGACGGGCCGAUAUUGA